CCCGCUCUGAAUUCGGGGCGUUCCUCUGUUUGCGGUCGUCUGACUUCCUGCGUCUUCAGGUCUUCUUUACUUAAACCAUCUGAAUUCCAUUCCUGUUCAAUGCAGAUCGCAGCCAGGAUUCCUCUUCGCAACCCAGCCUCCUAAAUACUCAUUGAAAAAAGCAAUCUUCGUGUGUUCGCAGUAUGUUGGGUAAACGCAUGCAAAACGCGCUUCUGGCGCUUGGUCUCGUCGCCGUGGGCACCGAUGCCGCUGCAGUGCGCUUGGAAAACCGUGCGAGUGCAUUCGACUACAAGAGCCAAAAGAUCUAUGGCGUCAACCUCGGUGGCUGGCUGGUGACCGAGCCCUGGAUCACACCUUCAAUCUACGAUAAUGCAGGUGAUGCAGCUGUCGACGAAUGGACCUUGACCCAGACACUGGGCAAAACUGAAGCCCAGUCCCGUCUUUCUGCUCACUGGAGCUCGUUUAUCACACAGGAUGACUUCAACCGAAUCGCCCAGGCCGGUCUCAACCACGUCCGGAUUCCAAUCGGCUACUGGGCCCUUGCGCCUAUUGAAGGCGAACCCUACGUCUAUGGUCAACUGGAAUACCUUGAUCAAGCCAUCACCUGGGCACGAAGUGCCAACCUUAAGGUCAUUCUCGAUCUACACGGCGCACCGGGAUCCCAGAACGGGUUCGACAACAGUGGCCGCAAGGGCCCCAUCCAGUGGCAGCAAGGGUCGACGGUGAAUCAAACCCUGGUCGCCUUCAAUGAACUCGCCAAACGCUAUCUCCAGUACUCCGAUGUCGUCACGGCUAUCCAAGCGCUCAACGAGCCCAGCGUUCCCGGCGGGGUUAACCAGGACGGGCUCAAGCAGUACUACUACAGCACCCUGGCGACGGUGCAGAGCCUGAACCCGGACACCGCUCUCGUCCUGCACGACGGCUUCCUCUCCGUGGACUCGUGGAACGGCUUCAUGCAGUCCUCCAACGCCGUGAUGGACACCCACAACUACCAGGUCUUCGACAACGGUCUGCUGGCGAUGGACAUCAACACGCACGUCCAGACCGCCUGCGCCUUCGCCAACCAGCACCUGGUCACCACCGACAAACCCGCCUUCGUCGGCGAGUGGACCGGCGCCCUCACCGACUGCGCCAAGUAUCUGAACGGGAAGGGCGUCGGCGCCCGCUACGACGGCACCUACGGCUCCAGCGGCGCCAUUGGCAGCUGCGCCAGCCACAGCACCGGCACCGCCGCCGGCCUCUCCGCCGACGAGCGCACCAACACUCGCCGCUUCAUCGAGGCCCAGCUCGACGCCUUCGAGAAGAAGACCGGCUGGGUCUUCUGGACCUGGAAGACCGAGGGCGCCCCCGGCUGGGAUCUGCAAGAUCUUCUGGCCGAGGGCUUGUUCCCGAGUCCCUUGUCCGAUAGACAGUACCCCGGACAAUGCUCUUAACUUUGUACUUCUUCUGUGUUUAAUUUUCUUCUCCAGUUUGUUCAUCUCUUCGAUUCUAUUCCAUCUGCAUUU